AUGCCUAGAACAUUCCUAGUAGUGAAAUGCUAUCAAUGCAACCAGAUACAAAUCCAGCAGAGUAAAAAAGUAUCCAAAUGGACUUGUCAAGUAUGUCAUGAACGACAAUCCCUCCAGAGAGUGUAUUUUGAAUCCACCUGUGCAAAGGAUUGUCGAUCAGCCUUGCAAUCCAUAUCCACUACUUUACAUCAUUCAAGUACUAUAACAGAUCAAGCUGUUUUGAAUGCAAUACACAAGAGUCCGGAUACGCUUGUCAUGUCAACCACUACUCUACAGGAUAAGAAUGUUGAAUUACAUUCUACAACUAGAGAUACAACGUUACAUGUUGGACAUUGUCGACCAGUGUUUUCGAAUCUGGGCAGAAAACCACUGCCUUUACUCGAGGUCGAUUCAUCAUAUAAGAUGAAGGGUUCUUUGGAUUCAAAUGCUCGUAAAACUACUACACAAGCUUGGAUUAAUUGGUCCGAGUUUGUUGAACCCGAGUCUGUAGAUGACUAG